AUGGGGAAUCAAGCUGAUAAGGAGUUCACUUGGGUGAUUAAGAAUUUCUCCUCUUUUGCUUAUGGUCGUAAAAUUUAUUCUGAUAUAUUCGUGGCGGGUGGCUGCAAAUGGCGUCUACUCGCCUUUCCCAAGGGAAAUAAUAACCCUACGAGUGGUUACUUCUCUCUGUAUCUAUGUGUUCCUAAUACUGAGUCUUUGCCUUCCGGAUGGAGAAGACACGCUAAAUUUUCAUUUACUAUGGUAGAUCAAUUUCCGGAAGGACUCUCCCAACUGCGAGAAGCAGAAUACUUUUUUGAUCAAGAGAACACAAUCAGGGGUUUUCAAUACAUGUUUCGCCUUGCGGAUGUUCAAGACAGCGAUAAACCGUUUCUGGUAAAUGGAAAAGUCAAAAUUGUUGCACAAGUAGAUGUUCUUGAAGUUAUUGGUAACUUAGAUGUACCAGAGGAACCAAAAAGCAUUGAUAUCAAUGGGUUUCAAGUCCCUUCUUCACAGGUAGAAUCUGUGAACAGUCUGUUUGAAAAGUACCCAGGCUUUGCAUCAAAAGUUUGUCUCAAGAACCCACAUCUGAGAAACAAGUACUUGAAUGAUGUACUGUGUCUGAAUGAGAUUCUGUGCAAGUCUCCCGAGGAACUCUCUAAUGGUGAUCUGGCCGAGGCAUAUUCUGCACUAAGAUGUGUGACAAAAGAAGGGUAUAAGUUGGAUUGGUUGGAGAAGAAACUGAAAGAGACUGGUGAGACUCGGCUGCAAGAAAUUGAGCAAGAGUUAAAGGACUUAAAGAUGAAGUGUGAUGACUAG